AUGAUGAGAUUUUGCUUUUCACACGUUGACUCUGUUUGUGUGAAAGUGUUAUGUCCAUGGGAUGAAAAACUGCUUUGUGUAAUGUUUACCGUUGUCAAGAACAUUGCGGUCACAAAUGCUCCGGUUAUUGUGAAGCCGGAUCUACGCAUAGCUGGCUACCAAUUCACGGCCACUGUCACGAACAAAGGAAAGCCGCUGACUGAUGUUCGCCUCACUUUGUAUUCCGAGGUGAAGCCGGAGUUGAGCAACUGCAAGGCCGUGUCGUCAGUAAAAGGUGUCGAAACUGCCAAGUUCUCAUGCUCGAUCGGUGCGACAUCAGCGGAAGGUCGUGUCGUGGUACCAUGCCUACCGUCGGGAACAUAUUUCAUAACGGCAGAAUACAAAAAUGGCGACACAGAGUUUCAGUUCAAGCCUUCGGUGGAGAAGCUGGUCGUGAAGGAUCGUGCUACAACGGUCUCGUUCUCCGUAAGUGGAUUCACAGCACGAGGGAGGGUUGUUGUUGGUAAAAAAGGAGUGUCUGGAGCUGAAGUGAUUGUGCAGGGCAAAAAGAUAACAGAAACUGAUGCUAAUGGUUACUAUACCCUACAAGCGCUUACGGUGAGUAUCAGAAACGUUACAAAUACUAUAUUGUAUCGAGAUGCGUCGUUUCGCAGUUGUUCGAAACAACGUAGUUACUUACCAUUAGCUACUCAGCUGUUAGUUUCUGAAAGAGAGACGUUGCUCUAA